CAGUUCAGUCAUGGUAGGGGCUGGCAUGGCUGGAGGCUGGCUAACUCAACGACCGAAAGGGACUUUACUUGCUUUCCCCAAGUUUGGCACAGUCACUGGCCAGCAAGUCGGUACCAAAGGCGGCAGCACUCCCAUCACGCAGCGCACCACUUCAAUUGUUGGCUACCGCACGCAUCACGGAAUAAUCAUUCAGACGACACAGUUCAUGUUUGGUUUUUAGUGAUUUGAAACAUUCGUCGGGCGCAUUCGUAUCGGGCGCUACUAGUGUUGACCAUCUUUACAAGGAAACAAACGAAAACAAAACAAACACUUUGGCCGUUUGGCCGAACAAUGAUUGAGUCAUCUGUCGCUUGUUGGCGCAUUGACCGCAGUGGUUUGUGGUAUAAUCAAACGUUUUGAUUCGUCCAUCGGUGAUUUUAAUUUCAGCGACCUACGACAAGUGCCCAUCCAGGGAAGAGCAGUUGAAAUCUUGUGGAAGAGCAGUUAGCGAGCCGUUAGCCGUUCGGCACCAGCCCAUGCAGCAGGUUCUGCCGCCCGUCAAAUUAGGUGCUUCCAAUUCGCCAGCGCGAUCGCCGUCCUCCCCGUCGCGACGCUCGUCUUCGUCUCCGAGUGUCACGCGGAUCCGCAUGAGCUCUGCUGCUGAGACGUUGGGCGCUGUCGGCGGCGGCAGCGGCGGAAGCAGCGGAGCAGGUGGCGCUUCAACUGCCGCUUCAGAAAAUGAGGACGCUGCCUGGCGCAACACUUUCUACGAGCAUCCGUUGCAUGCAGCCACCAAUGCCAUGCUGCACUUGGGCGGAGGCAACUCAUUGAGCGAGGAAACAUCCGUCAAUUCGGUCGGAAGUGUUUUGGUCUCGUACGAGCACCACUAUUAUCCAAGCAAGAGCCAGCAUCAUCACCAGUCGCAUCAGCACCACUCGUUAAUCAACGGCCUGCCUAUUUCGUCGUCUGUCCAACCUGGUCAUAAAGACGGCAAAUCCAUGAAUGACCUUUGGCCCAGGAACGGAAUGGGCGGCUCUCAUUCAUCUUCGGCCGACGGAUUGUCCAGCGGCAAAGAAAUCGGUGGUCAAAAUCACCAGUCUCACGAAGGAUCAGCUUCUGAGCCUGAUAUCUAUCCACUUGCAAUCAAAAAAGAGCCAGAGGACUUGACGAGGAGGAACCUGCGUCACGUCCUCCAUCAUCCAGAUUCGAGAAUCGUGUGCACCAGCUCCAGUGACAACAAAGUCGACGGUGGAGUUAGCGGCACCGUUAUCUCGCGUGUUUUGGCGGACGGCGAAUUGGUCCACGAAAUGAUCCCUCGUCUAGAGUCGAUAUCACACGUCAUGAGCGGAAGCAGCGUCAACGACAGCCGCGACGGCGCCAACACCUCCGGUUCCGUCAUCCACAUCCGGCGUCCCGUCUCGUCUCAACAGUCGCAGCAACACGACGGCGACAAUACGAUGAUGUCCCCGGCCGCUCUCGACUUGGCUCGCGCCGGCAUCCAGUCGGCCUUGCAGCAGCAAUAUUCGCCGUCUGCGUACACCAGCAACGGCGGUGCCGUCGGAAGCAGUGGACACCAACAAAGUGGCUUGGCCAGCAUUCAGACGGUUAACAAUCAUGGCUAUGAUUCGUCUCCUGGUCCCGCUUACGGGCUCGUUUCACCUAAUGAAUCUGGCGUCUACACGGCCAUCCAUCCAUCAUCCACGUUGCGCCAACAGCCGACUGCUUACGCGGUCAGCUCGUCGGUCGGCUCCAGCGACUCGUUCUAUCGCGACUACUUCAACAGCAGCGCAAACACGAACAGCAACGCCAAUGCAAAUGGCGGCAGCGGCGAUCAGCAGUACGCCCGCGCCGUGGCACAGCUCGCUUAUGGCGAAGGACACGAGACUGGCUUCGGUGAUCGCUUCAUCCGCAAUCAGCCGGGCGGCAUCUACAAACAGCAGCAGCAGCAGCAGCAGCAGGGCACCGGACUGACCGUUGACUUGCCGUCGCCCGACAGCGGCAUCGGGGUCGACGCUGUUACCCCUCGCGACCAAUCCGUCGCCCAACAGAAUUUUGAUUACACGGAAUACCCGGGCUUGAUUGGUGAGCCGGCCAUCGAGCAUCCGUCAUCGGAACAGCAGCAUCACAACAGCGCUCACGGUGGCAGCGACGAGGGCAGCCGAACGCCGACGUCUGGUGGCGAGCACUCCAAGUCGAGCAUGUCACCUGGCAGUGCGCAUCUCAAUUCGUCGCGAUCCCGUUCGUGGCCAGACUGCAACCGCCAAAGCGAAGUCGACAAAAUACAGAUUCCAAAAGUGUUUAACCAGUAUGGGUUCCGAUACUACCUGGAGUCUCCGAUUUCAACUUCACAGCGGCGAGAAGAUGACCGUAUCACCUAUAUUAAUAAAGGCCAGUUUUACGGGAUAACUCUAGAAUACGUCCCCGAUCCGGAGCGACCAUUGAAAAACCAGACCGUCAAGACGAUGGUGAUGCUGGUGUUCCGCGAGGAGAAGAGCACCGAUGACGAAGCCAAGGCCUGGCAGUUUUGGCAUGGACGACAACAUAGCGCUAAACAACGGAUACUCGACGCAGAUACGAAGAACAGCUCGGGCCUCAUUGGCUGCAUCGAAGAGGUGGCUCACAACGCUAUAUGUAUCUAUUGGAAUCCGCUGGAAAGUUCAGCAAAGAUCAACGUGGCCGUCCAGUGUCUAAGUACGGACUUCAGCAGCCAGAAAGGAGUGAAGGGUUUACCACUCCAUCUGCAAAUUGACACGUUUGACGACCCGCGAGAUUCCAUACCAGUUUUCCACCGUGGCUAUUGUCAAGUUAAAGUUUUCUGUGAUAAGGGAGCGGAAAGGAAAACACGCGAUGAGGAGAGACGAGCAGCAAAAAGGAAAAUGGUCGUCACAGGUCGGAACAAGCGGUUGGAGGAACUUUACCAUCUCAAUGCCGAGCGAUCCGAAUUCUACCACAUGGCAGAUUUGAUGAAACCACCGACUCUCUUUACACCCGACGAUCACGAGAAGCUUGGGGCUUCAAUGGAACUUCCAAGUUUCUACGGCCAAGAUCAUGAAAGGAAAGAAUUUUUGGACACGCACACAAACCUAAUAGGACCGCCGGCUAUCGCAGCGUCUGGUAACAUUGCCACCCUGUAUGCGUCACCUGCUGCCAAAAGGCGGAAAUUAACACCUCCUCCAUGCGAGCGAGUUAUGAUAUACGUGCGCCAGGAAAAUGAAUUGGCCUUUACUCCACUUCAUUUGGUGCCACCAACAUCACUUGGACUUCUAGACGCUAUUGAGAGUAAAUACAAGCUAUCUGCGUCGACUAUCAACAUGCUCUACAGGAAAAAUGCCAAAGGGAUUUUGGCCAAAAUUGAUGACGACAUGCUCAAACAUUACUGCAACGAGGAUCUGUUCAUUUUAGAAAUUACUACUUCGUCGGAAGAGGGAAUGUAUGACAUCACUCUCAAGGAGCUCUACGACACGUGAAAAGUUAAAAACUCGAAAUCUCGAACUGUCAUACUGACCGACUUUAAGCCAUCGUCCCGCCAUCCAAUAUAUGCUACAUAUAAAUUAGAUUGAUCAAUGAUCAUCAGCACAAAAUUGCCAGCACUGUGCAUUAUCUGAGAUAAUUUGCCUUCUGAUUUGAUUCCUCAGUGUGACUUUCAAGGAUAUUAGACCGACUCUAACCAGUGAUGCAUAGUUUUGCUAUAAUAGUUAACCGUGAUGAAUAGCACCUGUAAUGCCCAGAAAGUCUGGAUUUGUACAAGAACCUUACAUUUACAUUCUCCCCCAUUGUUUCGGAUGCGCUAGCAUAUCAAAGGAGUUGCGUGGUGUAGAUCAUCCAACAUCACUCGCUCUGAUCUCAUACAACAUACAACACGGCAGCUCACUCACUCCUCGUAGCUCUCUCAUAUCAAUUCUUCAGACUGUUGACUCUUAUCUCAGUCCUCCAUCAGCCAAGCGGCUGCCGUAAAAUGAAUAUAUAUAUAAACAAAAAAAUAAUGAUAAAAAAAUUAAAUAAUAAGAAAUGAAAAAGAGACGUUAGGAAGCAGCUUAGAGUUCUGGAUGAAGGUCAAUUUGUAUUUAAAUAAUGCACAAUGCCAAAUGUCGAUCGUUGUUGCCAAACCAAUGAGAUCAACCCAAUCAUGCCAUGCCUCUCCUUCAGAAAUCUCUCUUCCCGCGUUGCAUUUGUGCGUACACGCGGAUGUUGUCGUAUGACGGAUCAAGUUAUAAUUUUUUUCUGUUUCGUCCAGUUGCUUGGCCGACCAUGGUCUAGGAUAUACCUGAGUGAAUGUUCGUCUAUGUCGCUAUUUGAAACGGAUGUUUUAAAAAUUCAUGAUAUUUGUCUCAAUUGUCCCCCGUUUUGUCUCACAACUUUUAUAUGCAUGCUACUGGACGCGCUUCCUUUCUACGAUGACUAUUAGCUCAAAAAGCAUCAAGUGCUGACAUUUGUUUGAGAGCUUAAAGCCCUCCGUUCACUCACCAUGCCAAUUGUCAAUUAGCCUCUCAAAGGACGUUAAAACCAUGCGGUGUACGUUUUUUUUAAAAUAAUCUCGUGUUCACCCCUCUAUAUCUUUUCAAUACUUGAUUUAUGCAACAUUUUUAGCGUCUAUCUUUAUUCCCCGGUAUUUGUUAGCAUUUUUAUUAUUCUGUUUGUUUCACAUGCAGUUUCGUCAAAGAUUUCAUUUUGCCACCAUCUCUCGAUGACUACAAAAAUGAAGUGCCGCAUGCAAAAAAAAACCAAAAAAAAUUAGAAAAAAACAAAAAAACAAAACAAAAAACAACGCAAAAAAGGCAAAAAAAAAAAGAAAAACAAACAACAAAGAUACAUUUGUUUGACAUCGUCUAACGAUAGCCAAUUAUAUUCUCUAUAGUGGUAAAAUAUACAGUUACAAAAA